ACACCGCUGCUACGAACAACUCACUGCCAACACCUCAAUCGCUUUUGGGAGUAUCGAAUCAACUCAUUGCGACUCUUGGGAAUUGAACACGAAUCCUUGAAGCCUUCAACAUGUCCGCUCAGCCAGACAACCAGCAGAUGGAGGGUGUCCAGGACCCCACUACCGACGUGAAGGGCAAGGGCAAGGCUCAGGAGGGCGAGGUGAUGGAAGAGUCCAUGGAUGAUGACUCCAGCGAUGAGUCUGGUGCCGAGGAUCAGGUCGGUGAACCCGAAGAGCCCGAUGAGGACAACAUGGAGGAGAUUGAGACAUCCAACAUCAUAAGCAGCCGCACGCGCGGUAAGAACAUCGACUUCAGCAAGGCCAACCAGGAGCUUGAGGGCGACGACGACGAGGAUGACGACGAGGACUUUGUCGACCCUGAUGACCAGAUGAAGGAUUAAGGGGGAUAUGUGCAAAAACUCUCUUCUUUGUCUCUUGUCACCCUUUGCGCAAACAACACACAUUUCGGUAUGGAAGUUCGGGUUGAAUCUUGACAUACACACACAAAGAACAUGCUAGGUGGCAGAGAGAGGAAUCUGGGUCGACACUUGGAGUCUAGGCGCGCGUACCCUUCGUUGCGAGGCGGAUGGUGGGGCGACGCGAGACCCUGUGUUUUGACGCGCAACCACUGCGCGACAUGGACAAUGUAUUGGAUACUCUGCGUCUGCCAUAGCAUCAACGUAAAAUGAUGAAUGAAAAUGAAUGAUAUAUGAUCGUUUCGC